AUGGACUCGAUCUUUGGAAUUGUAGGCAAGGAUUUUGUGCUGCUAGCGGCAGACUGCAAGGUAGUGCGCAGUAUAUUGGUAUACAAAGACGACGAAGACAAGUCUAUUAAUCUUGAUGACCAUAAAGUGAUGGUAACUUCUGGUCCUCAGAGUGAUCGUCUCGCCUUUGGUGAAUACAUCCAAAAGAAUAUGAAGCUCUACGAGUUGCGCAAUGGUGUGACGCUCAACGGCUCCGCCACAGCCAAUUACGUACGUGGGGAGCUUGCUCGCUUCCUCCGUCGAGCCCCUUAUCAAGUGAACCUUUUGAUUGGGGCUGUGGAUGAAACCCCCGAGCAGAAAUGUGAGCCCAGUUUACACUGGAUUGACUAUCUCGGUGCCAUGACCAAGGUGAACUUUGGUGCGCACGGCUAUGGCGCUCACUUCUGUCUAUCGAUCUUUGAUCGUGAGUGGAAGCCGGAGAUGUCACUGGAAGAGGCUAAGGAGGUGCUUAAGAAGUGCCGUGCAGAGCUUGAUGUGCGCUUCCUCGUGCGCGAUGGUCAAUGGGCGUAUACGUUGAUUGACACUAAUGGCAUUUCGCAGGUGAAGGUCGAGUAG